AUGUUCAAGAACCCGCCGCCGAACGACCGCGCGACGCGCCUGCACCGCCAUGAGCAACCUCUCCUGCCUUCCCUCGCCGGCUCGUUCGCCAAGCGCUCAGUGACCGGGCCGACUCGAUGGACAAAGCUCCUCGUCGGCGUCGUCGGCGUGUACUGGGUGUGGUCGCUGUCGCGAGGCGCCGUGCCACGAGAGGUCGCUCGGACGGUCAAGUCCGCUGUGCGGGGCGACUCGUGCGAGGCGAGCGGGCUGGUCUCGCCGGCGACGCCGGGCGAGGACCAACAUCGAGUCGUCGUGCGCGUUCGCCCUAUCGCCGCCGACGCGCCGCCUCACCGCAACCCCGACAACACGAUCCUGUCGACCCCGUUCCACCCGACCCUUUCGACCCAGCACCACCCUCUCUUUGACGGCGUCGCGUCGUCUCUCCCUGUCGCACUCGACCACCCUAAGCAGUGCAUCACGCCGUCCGUCCAUUCGCUCCCCAUCCUGCCCAAGUCGAACCCGUCCUCCUCCCUCGAGCCCUCGAGCCACGCCGGCGCUCGCAGCCCCGAGCUGUUCUUCUCGGUCUGCACUACGCCCGAGCGCGCCGUCAAGUACUCGCCUGUUUGGCGCCACUUCAUGUCGGCGCCCGACGUCGACCCGGCCAUUGCCUCGUCGUCGAGCCGCGUCAAGCCGGCAGCGACGACGGCGCCCGGCUGCGUCGUCACGGACGCGCAGGGCGAGGGCGACGGCAAGGGCCUGUCGCUCGCCAAUGCCGAGUUUCGCCGUCGUGGACUCUCGUGCACCAUGCGCGACAGCUCUCGCGCCGGCGAGCGCUACGAGAUGCGGGUCCUCGGCCUCAUCCGUGACGCGUGGGUCGAGAGCGAGCGUCGCAGGUGGCAGGACGGCGCCCCGCUCGUCGAGUGGUACAUCUUUGGCGACGACGACACGUGGUUCUCGGACUCGGAGAUGCUGCGCGAGAUGCUCGCCGGGUACGACUGGCGCGAGGACUUCUUCCUCGGCGCGCACAGCGAGACGGUCGGCAACUUCCAGACGUUCGGCAAGAUCGGUUUCGGUGGCGCCGGGCUCAUCCUGUCGCGGUCGCUCGUUCGCAAAAUGCAGCCUCAUGUCGAUGAUUGCGCCUCUCGUUUCGCGCACAUGUUCGGCGGCGACGGCAUCGUGUCGCACUGCGCCGCAUGGGUUCGUGGCAUCCCGCUCGAGCAGCUCGUCGAGGAGAUUCCCGCGCUGCGCCAGAUGGACGUUCGAGGCGACGCAACGGGCUACUUGACGGCCGGCUCGGCUCCUUUCCUUUCCCUCCACCACUGGGCCGGCUGGCUCGACCUCAUCCCGGGCGUCGACGGCAUCGACGCGAUCAAGCUCCUCGGCCAAGCCAGCUCGGCGGUCGGCGGGCCCAACUUCCUGCGCCGGUGGCUCUUUGACGGCGGGCUCGUCGUCUUCACGGUCGGGCACAGCAUCACCUUCCACCGCGAGGCGCUCUCGCCCGAGGACCUGUCGCGCAUCGAGUGGACGUGGGAGGCGCACGAGCCUCGUCGACCUUCUCGGCGCGGCCUGCGCGAGUUUGACGACAAGCUCACGUACUACCUCUCCUCGGUCGAGCGGCUCUCGCCCGACGUUACCCUCCUGCGCCACACCUGCGCGCACCCGUCCGUCCAGGCCGGUCUGCGCGAGAUCGACGUCCUGUGGGACGUGCGCAAGGACGAGCCCUCGUGGAGGGAGCGCUGGCUGCCGAGCUGGACGUCGCCUGCGCCCUCUCCUCGAGCAGGUCGGGCGACGGCGCACGGCCGGGCCAAGAAGCACGUGCGGCGCGACGAGCAGGACUUGUCGGCGAAUGACGCCGGCGAGGCGGAGAAGGAGCAGGAGGCGCAGCCGAAAAAGCGGCCGGUCCGGUUCUCGGCGUGACGAGGAGGCGGCGGGCGAGGAGCGAGACACAGAAGCAGGUCGAGCGAGGUGACCGUAGACACUCUUUGCCGAAACAUGUUGUCGAGAGCGAGCGCUGGUUCGCUCGCUCCUCUUUCUCUCCUUUCGAGCAGAAAAGUGAGAGCAUUCGACGUCUGCUUUUCC